AAGAGAGGGAGAGGGGCUGGAGAGACGCACACACACACACCGCUCCGAUCGGCGAGCUUCACCGCACUGACAGUCCACAUCUUACACUGCUGACUCUAACGGCGGAGCCCUUCAGAUAUGGCGGGGCUUCGUUGAGAGGGACAGAAAAUCUCCGAGCACUAGCGUUCACCGAACAGUUUGUUCUUGGACACGCGUCUCCCGCAGCCCUCCUUAUGCACCGCUGCGACGCGGAGAAACGGCAGCAGCGCUGAAAGAGUCGAAGAAAGAGGACGAGAGUGAUUUUUACCCCCUUGAACGGACAAUGGCGGACCGCGAUGCGCUGCCCCUUCCAUUGGAAGUGCGGGCCAGAUUGGCUGAGCUGGAGCUGGAGUUAUCCGAAGGCGACAUCACUCAGAAGGGAUAUGAGAAGAAGAGGUCAAAACUGCUCGGGGCGUAUCUGCCACAGCCUCCAGGGCUGGAGGCGUCCAUGGCACACGAGCGCCGGCCACCCAUGGCGCCCUCCGCUUCACGAUACCACCGCAGACGCUCCUCCGGCACCCGUGAUGAACGUUACCGAUCAGAUGUCCACACAGAAGCAGUUCAGGCAGCACUAGCCAAACACAAGGAGAGGAAGAUGGCUGUUCCCAUGCCGUCUAAACGCCGAUCUCUAGUGGUACAGACCUCUAUGGAUGCCUACACCCCCCCAGACACCUCGUCCGGCUCGGAGGAGGAGGGCGGCCAGGUGAGGGUACCCCCCACCUCCAGCCAGGGCAGCGUCAGCAUGGAGCACUGGAUCAGCCGGGCCAUCCACCAAGGUUCCACCACCUCCUCCUCCUCAUCGUCAACGCAGAGUGGGGGCAGCGGAGCCGCCGGGCGCCUGGCUGACGUCCUGGCUCAAACGCAUGUCGGCAAAUCAGGGCCGAUCGCUCACCUCUCGUUGAAGAGGAAAACUAUGCUCGGCGUAGCAGAGAACGGAAACUCGCUGCGGCGCUCCUGUGAGUUCGGAUCAGAUCUUCUCUGGCCGCCGCCCUUGGAGUCCGAGGAGAAUCACUCAGCCCCUCCGGACGUCACCACCUACACCUCCGAACAUCCCGUUCAGGUGGAGAGGCCACAGGUGUCCACCGUACCCCGGACCACACCCAAAUAUGGCAACGCCGAACUCAUGGAGACCGGAGAUGGUGUCCCAGUUAGCAGUCGUGUCUCAGCUAAAAUCCAGCAGCUUGUAAACACACUAAAGCAGCCCAGACGACCUCCACUUCGAGAGUUUUUUGUUGAUGAUUUUGAAGAACUCCUAGAAGUCCAGCAGCCCGACCCCAACCAGCCACGGCCGGAGGGCGCUCAGAUGGUCGCUAUUCGAGGGGAACCGCUGGGAGUGGUCACUAAUUGGCCACCAUCUUUAGAAGCUGCACUGCAACGCUGGGGGACCAUCUCGCCCAAAGCGCCCUGCCUGACCACCAUGGACACCAACGGCAAACCCCUCUACGUCCUUACUUACGGUAAGCUUUGGUCUCGGAGCAUCAAAGUAGCGUAUAACAUCCUCCACAAACUGGGCACCAAGCAGGAACCCAUGGUCCGACCAGGAGACCGGGUGGCUCUUGUGUUCCCAAACAACGAUCCCGCCGCCUUUAUGGUCGCCUUCUACGGCUGCCUGCUGGCAGAGGUGGUGCCCGUACCCAUCGAAGUGCCACUUACCCGAAAGGAUGCAGGAAGUCAACAGAUCGGCUUUCUCCUGGGCAGUUGUGGGGUUACUGUAGCUCUGACCAGUGACGCCUGCCACAAAGGCCUUCCGAAAGGACCCACUGGCGAAAUACCACAGUUCAAAGGAUGGCCAAAGCUGCUAUGGUUCGUCACGGAAUCCAAACACCUGUCCAAGCCGCCACGUGAUUGGUUCCCUCACAUCAAAGAUGCAAACAACGACACCGCCUACAUAGAGUAUAAAACCUGUAAAGAUGGGAGUGUUUUGGGUGUGACGGUGACAAGGAUCGCACUUCUUACACACUGUCAGGCCCUAACGCAGUCUUGUGGAUACACAGAGGCUGAAAUCAUAGUGAAUGUAUUGGAUUUUAAAAAGGAUGUGGGUUUGUGGCACGGCAUACUAACUAGUGUCAUGAACAUGAUGCAUGUAAUCAGCAUCCCGUACUCCCUAAUGAAGGUCAACCCUCUGUCCUGGAUACAGAAAGUGUGUCAAUACAAAGGUAAAGUAGCUUGUGUCAAGUCCAGAGAUAUGCACUGGGCUCUGGUCGCUCACCGAGAUCAGAGAGACAUCAACCUGAGCUCCCUGCGCAUGCUGGUGGUGGCCGACGGAUCCAACCCAUGGUCCAUCUCUUCGUGUGACGCGUUCCUCAAUGUCUUCCAGAGUAAAGGUCUGCGGCCAGAGGUCAUCUGUCCAUGUGCCAGCUCAGCUGAAGCCCUCACCGUGGCCAUCAGGAGGCCUACUGAUGACAGUAACCAGCCGCCGGGCCGAGGAGUGCUGUCUAUGCAGGGUCUGAGCCACGGUGUCAUCAGAGUGGACUCAGAAGAGCGUCUCUCCGUACUCACCGUACAGGAUGUUGGCACUGUGAUGCCAGGAGCUCUGAUGUGUGUGGUCAAACCAGAGGGAGUUCCUCAGCUGUGCCGAACAGAUGAGAUCGGAGAGCUGUGUGUGUGUUCCAUCGCCACGGGAAUGUCAUAUUAUGGGCUCUCGGGCAUGACAAAAAACACCUUUGAGGUUUUCCCCAUGAGCAGUUCUGGGGCUCCUAUCAGCGAGUACCCCUUUACUCGGACAGGGCUGUUGGGCUUCAUAGGCCCGGGUGGGCUGGUGUUUGUCUCUGGAAAGAUGGAUGGGCUGAUGGUGGUGAGCGGACGGAGACACAACGCUGAUGAUAUUGUCGCAACAGCGCUGGCGGUGGAGCCCAUGAAGUUUGUGUACAGGGGCAGGAUAGCGGUAUUUUCCGUGACGGUCCUGCAUGACGAGAGAAUUGUGGUCGUAGCCGAGCAGCGACCGGACUCCACAGAGGAGGACAGUUUCCAGUGGAUGAGUCGUGUGCUGCAGGCGAUAGACAGCAUCCACAACGUCGGGGUGUUUUGCUUGGCUCUGGUGCCCGCCAACACCCUUCCCAAGACUCCUCUGGGAGGGAUCCACCUGUCGGAGACCAAGCAGCUGUUUUUGGAAGGCUCCCUGCAUCCCUGUAACGUCCUAAUGUGCCCUCACACCUGCGUCACCAACCUGCCCAAACCCAGACAGAAACAGCCAGAGAUCGGACCUGCCUCUGUGAUGGUGGGAAACCUGGUCUCAGGGAAGAGGAUCGCUCAGGCCAGCGGCAGAGAUCUGGGCCAGAUCGAAGACAAUGAUCAGGCAAGAAAGUUCCUCUUCCUGUCUGAGGUGUUGCAGUGGAGGGCCCAGACCACCCCAGAUCAUGUGCUCUUCACCCUCCUCAGCUCAAGGGGAACAGUUCUGAGCUCACUGACGUGUCUUCAGUUGCAUAAGCGGGCGGAGAAGAUAGCAGCCAUGUUGAUGGAGCGAGGCCACCUGCAGGACGGUGAUCACGUUGCGCUGGUGUACCCACCUGGUAUUGAUCUGAUUGCUGCCUUUUACGGGUGCUUGUAUGCCGGCUGCGUACCAAUUACAGUGCGACCACCACAUCCCCAGAACAUCGCCACCACCCUCCCCACUGUGAAAAUGAUUGUGGAAGUGAGCCGAUCGGCCUGUGUGAUGACCACACAGGUCAUUUCCAAGCUCUUGAAGUCAAAGGAGGCGUCUGCCGCAGUGGACGUCAGGACGUGGCCUCCUGUUCUGGACACAGAUGAUCUGCCAAAGAAGAAGCCUCCUCAGCUCUACAAACCCUCCAAUCCAGACACGCUGGCUUACUUGGACUUUAGCGUCUCCACUACCGGAAUGCUUGCAGGAGUAAAGAUGUCCCACACAGCCACCAGUGCCUUUUGCCGCUCUAUAAAGCUCCAGUGCGAGUUAUAUCCCUCUCGUGAGGUGGCCAUCUGCCUGGAUCCGUACUGUGGCCUCGGCUUUGUCCUCUGGUGCCUCUGCAGUGUGUAUUCAGGGCAUCAGUCCAUCUUGAUUCCCCCGUCCGAGCUGGAGGUGAACCCCGCUCUGUGGCUGCUGGCUGUCAGUCAGUUUCGGGUCAGAGACACGUUCUGUUCGUACUCCGUCAUGGAGCUUUGCACCAAGGGGUUGGGCCUGCAGACAGAAUCCCUCAAGUCCCGUGGACUUGACCUAUCCCGCGUCAGGACGUGUGUGGUUGUCGCUGAGGAGAGGCCCAGGAUAGCCCUUACCCAAUCCUUCUCCAAGCUCUUUAAAGACCUGGGCCUGCACCCGCGAGCCGUCAGCACUUCCUUCGGAUGUAGAGUGAACCUGGCCAUCUGCCUGCAGCCCCACAGGCUCGGGAAGCUUGCGGAUCAGGGGACGUCAGGACCAGACCCGACUACUGUGUACGUGGACAUGAGAGCUCUCCGACACGACAGAGUUCGGCUGGUCGAGCGAGGCUCCCCACACAGUCUCCCCCUCAUGGAGUCUGGAAAGAUUUUACCCGGAGUUCGAAUCAUCAUCGCCAAUCCUGAAACUAAGGGCCCGCUGGGAGACUCCCAUCUAGGGGAGAUCUGGGUUCACUGCGCCCAUAAUGGCAGUGGUUAUUUCACGGUGUAUGGCGAUGAGGCCCUGCAGUCUGAUCAUUUCAACUCACGCUUGAGCUUCGGAGAUACGCAGACGGUGUGGGCGCGUACCGGCUACCUGGGCUUCCUCCGUAGGACCGAACUCACAGAUGCAAGUGGAGAGCGGCAUGAUGCUCUGUAUGUAGUGGGUGCUCUGGAUGAAGCCAUGGAGCUGAGAGGAAUGAGGUAUCACCCCAUCGACAUUGAGACCUCCGUGAUACGCACUCACAAGAGCAUCAUGGAAUGUGCUGUGUUUCCCUGGACCAACCUUCUGGUGGUGGUGGUGGAGCUGGAAGGUUCAGAACAGGAAGCUUUGGACCUCGUUCCUUUAGUGACCAACGCGGUCCUGGAAGAGCACUACCUAAUCGUGGGCGUGGUGGUAGUGGUGGACAUCGGCGUCAUUCCCAUCAACUCUCGCGGAGAAAAACAAAGGAUGCACCUGCGAGACGGCUUUCUAGCCGAUCAGCUGGACCCCAUCUACGUGGCAUAUAACAUGUAGCACGAGAGCCGUCGCGUGUAUGUUUGCGUGCGUGUUGGCCGAUCACGGACACUUACUGGGAGAAACGUUAAAAAGUGACAACAAAGCCAAACAGAAAAACGGAUUGGCAGACGAAUUCAGUCUCUGCUUCUGCUUACGUGCGCGUCGCUUUUCCACGUGAGGUUUUUGCAACAUCGUUCAUUUUUAAUUCCGCCCUACACGAGCGAAGGGUAUUUUUAAAAAUCUGCAUACUGUGGCGAAAUGUGCGUUUUAAGUUUCUUAAGAGUAACGAUUUGUUGAAAGUUAGACGCCAUUUCCGUCCGUUCAUUUAAAAAAAUAAAGGUACGACUUGUUACAUUUGUACGUACGUCGCAGCCGUCGUUCAGCAACUUGCCGGUUUAGUUUUUCAAACUUUGUAAAUGUUUCUCGAACAGCAGGACGCAAAAGCGAAGAAAAAAACGCCCCCUGCUUUUUCGAUUCCUCCAUGUUUAAUAUCAUUGUACAAAGCUGGCGGCGAACACGAAGUCGGUUGAUAUUGUGUAAUUAUGUACAGAUAAUAGUUCUUAUUUAUUUUGCUCUUUUUAGAAUCGGUGAGCGAAGACAUUUGGAAAUGUUUUGCUCAUUAAAUAAUAUUGCUGAUAUAAAACAUUGUAUCAUCUUGAGUGAGUAGUAUCACAUCAAGUCUAUGUAAAAAUAUAAAUAUACAUACAAAUAUAUAUAAAAAAGAAAUAUAUAUAUAAAAUAAGAUCUACGAAUCACCAAUGAAACAUUUCUAAUGCAGUACUUCCCACUUGCAUGGUGUCUGUUGUAGAGAGAAUCAACUGACCGGUCGAACGGUUUAAUAAUACGGACGCGGAACAAAUGCUUCGGUUUUUCGAAAUUGAAAUCGCUACGCCCUUUCCGAGAAAACCAACCAACCCUAAAAAAUGUGCCUGGAAUUUUGUUUACAUUUGCUUUUAUGACUCAAAUCUGCACCGCAAUGUGUUUUUAUUUGCUUGGAUUGAAUUUUUACUUUUUGUAUCAUUUUUCUGUGUGGGUUUUAUCAUUAUUUAUUGACACAAGCGCGUUUUUGUUUACCGCUCAAAUGUCGCAUUCAACGGACUAACACAGAUUUCAGUAUCUUCAUGUUUACUUGCAACCCCGAUCGUUUUAAUUCAGCUUACGUGGGAGAUACAUGCUAAAUUAAUGCCGGCAUAUUGUUGGCACAUGCAAUAUGGGCAAAGCAUGAAACGUGGCCGACUGACUAUAAUAAUGCAAACGAUAGUUUGAGGAAAAGAUAAGCGUGCCAUUAUAUUUCAUCGUACCAGCUGCAUUAGAAAGGAUGCGUUUUCAGAACCUCUUCGUAGCGCUGGCAAUGCGUUAAAACGUCAUUUUAGUUUCUUUUUCCACUAGGAGAUCUACUGCAGUCAGAUAUCAGCACCCUCCGGCCUCAUCCGAGGCCUUAGUUUAUUCAACGCAACCUUUAUUUCGAAAUCGGUGUCAUAGACGUCAAUACUGUGUAUGGGAACUGAGUUUACACUUAUUGAGAAAGUGACGAUGCAAUGUUUUUUGUCUGUUUGUUUUUAAAAAAAAAAAAAAAAAUGAAGGAACGAAGUCUUAACUUGUUCGGAAGCUUUAGUGUUGCCAUUCCCAUACAAGCGGAAAUGUUUCCCCAUUUGAAAAGAAAAAAAACGUGCACAUAACUUUCAACCUGUGAAGUUAUUUCCCUUUUUUGUUGGAAAUCUGGACGUGAGAGAGUCUGCAUGGUGUAUGUAAAUAUUGUUGGUUAGAGAAAAAAAGACAAAAAACAAAAUUUAUUUUGUAUGGUGCAGGUGUGUUUGAAAUUCUGUUUUGUACACAUGAUUAAAAGUAUUAAAUUACACUUUUAUAGAAGCCUGCUUUGGCCUACGUUCACAAAAUAUGGUGCAAUAAAGUGCUUUGAUUGGUAAAUUUGUCUUUUUACAUUUGCGAGACAAAAAAACGUAGCGAAGCUACCACCGGUUGAUAUGUUUUAUUUAUACAUAGUACUGUUACAUAAUGUAAUGCAAGAAAGGGGAAAACGUUUACACCACAUUUGAAUUCGUAUGCACAUGAAAGACAGGUGUUUGUAUAGCAGACUCGCUGGGUGUUUUGGAAAUUCUCAGUAGUCAUUCCGUCCGCAUAAAUAUAAGUUAAAAAAGAAAUUUUAAAAAAGGGUUACUUGCAAUUACAAAGUGGUGUCAAAUUACCCUAGAAAACCAAAAA